AUGCCUAUCGCAUACACUCACCGUGGACCUCUGUUGUACACAAUUCUUGCCCUAAGUGCAGCCGAAAUGGCAAAUUCUGGCGAUGACUAUUCCGAUCGCCUCGUGUCCAAGGCUUCCACCUAUUACGAUAGCGCAAUCAAUCAACUACAGCUAUCACUGGCCAACUCCAGCGAUGCUGAAGAGAACAUCUUGGCAUGUGUGCUCUUGUCUUCUUUUGAGAUAUCCAAUGGACAUCGCCCAGCCUGGUUGCAACAUGUCAAUGGUGCUGUAGCUAUACACAAUCACUUCGCAUCAUCCAUCAGUCGAGAAUGUGCCUUGUUUGCUUACCAAUAUUUUGGCUUUAGAUGGAUACUUCUUGAAACGACCAUGCCGCCGGGAACCUAUCCACUAGAAGAAGUGACAAGCGAAACCUCGAUGACAGCCCAGAUAUUACAAAAUCUGAGCACAAUGCUCCAACAGACUAUCGAUACAGUACCCACCCUUGCAAUGCAAAACAUUGACAACAAUUUUGGUUGCUCCCUGGAAUACCUCCAGCUGGUCAACAGAAUAUCGACCUUGUCCGCUCUCAAAUACCAUUGCCAGGCGGAUGAGAUUGUUGCAGAAGAGACUUCUGAUCUGUACUCUACAACAGCAUUGGCGUUCGACGAUGCGAUGAGCGAUAUGGUCUUUGUUGCCAAGGUUCAAGACAGCUACCUCGAGCACUGUAGUCGAUGUUUCAAGCUUGCAGGAAGGGUAUAUCUUCGCCUGAUCUGCCUCGAUGCCAGUCUUACCCAGUUGGCUUUGACUGCGAUGCAGACCGACUUGCUGCAAGCAUUGCGCCUGGUCAUCAACGAAGAUCAGCAACGAAGGGCCUUCCCAAUGUGGCCUUUGUUUAUCGCUGGUUGCGCGUCUUUUGAGGACGAGCACCGGAAGGCUGUUCUGGACAUGUUCCGCACACUCGAGAGCAAGUGGCCGAUCAGUAACAUCUCCUAUGUCCGCAACGUCACGACACAGAUCUGGCAAAGCCGAGACCUGAACGGAUAUGACAAUAGUCGAAGACACGAUUGGCAGACACUUAUCACGACAUUUGGUUGGAAGCUCGCUUUAUCCUGA